AUGGAGGAGCCCAAGGCCGCCGAGGCCGACGGCGCGCCGUCCGCCGCGCCGCCGGCGAAGCCGGGCAGCAACACGGGCCUGGGCGUGUGGAUCAAGUCUGUCGUCGGCUUCUUCGGUAUGUUGUUCACGGUCUGGGCGCUCGACUACGUCCUCGUGAAGCGCAUGCUCGCGAAGCGGGGCGCGUCGCUGUUGGCGAGCUACCUCGCGGUGAACUCGACGUACGAGUUCGCGAUGUCGAUCUGCUCCUUCGUCCUCCUGGGCAGCCUGCCCAUGCUGAGCAAGACGAGCGGCGAGGGCGACGACGUCGCCACGGGGAAAGUCAUGCGCCAGACGAUCACGCUGUCCGCGGCCGUGGGCACGGUCCUCGCGCUCGUGCUCAGCGUCUUCCACGCGGAGCUGCUGUCGCUCUUCAAGCCGCGCGACGAGGACGAGUCCCUCGUCGCCGGCGCGCCGACGAUGCUGCUCAUCCAGGGCACGGGCUUCACGUUCACGGUCCUGAGCAUGGGCGCGGCCUCCGUCGCCGUCGCGCUCCUCCAGCUCUACGUGCUCGUCGUCGCCGGCGUCGCCGCCUACGCGUUCUGGAUCGUCGCGGCCCUCGUGUUGUACCACAACACGAACCUGGGGCUACCGGCCUUUGGCGUCGCCGUCGUCUUUAGCUAUCCGAUCUACUUCCGCGUCUGCGACGUGCUGCUCCGCGGCGACGCGGCGCAGGCGGCGCGCUACGGCCUCGACAAGGGCUACGUCCAGGCCGUGUCCCUGGACGACGCGCGGCGAUUCCUUUCAAACAUCGGCGCCGUCGGCGUGCGGUCCGCGUUCUCGACGCUGCGGGCGCUGCUGUCGCCCCUGGCCGCGAUCAAGCUCGGCGUCGUGGAAGGGUCGGUCUACUACCUCCUGUUGGCUUUGCAGGCGCCGGCCAUCGGGCUCGCGCUCGGCUCCGGAGCGAUCAACUUCUUCGGCGCGCGCAUGAUCGGCGCGGGCGAAGCCAAGGCCUUCCGCUGGUUCGCGAAGGACUUCUCGGCCUUUCUCGUGUUUUGGUCCGUCGUCGCGGCGCUGCUUUUCUUGGCGAACGGCCGCGGGGUCGUCGUCGACGCCGCGCGGGACGACGAACGCGCCGAGUACCGCGACGCGUGCACGCCCUUCCUCUGGGGCGUCGCCGUCGCCAUCUUGCCGCUCCGCCUCUUGAGCACGAUCGUCGACAACGUGCUCCUCGCGACGCAGGACUUCCGGGUCCUCGGGAAGUUGUACUCCGUCGGCUUCGCCGUCUAUUUCGCCGCGCUCGCCGCCGCCUACUCGCAUUUCCGCUCGCUCGAAUCCGUCUUCUUCGCCGAUUUCCUGUUCUACUUCGCUCGAUGUUCCCUUUCCCUCGUCUACAUCCGGUACGUCACCUUCCGUCGGGACCCCUGGUGGGUCGCGAGGGCGCCCGUCGACGACCCGCUGGACGUCUACGUCGCCGAGAUGGUCGGCCUGCUCGACACGUUCGGGAACCGCAAGUUCGAGCGCGUCUUCCUCGGCCUGCUGAACUCGUCGGCCCUCGGGAAGAGGUGGUUCGUCAUCCUCGUCGGCAUCUGGCGCUCCAUGGCCACGGACCUCCAGCAGGCGUCGGAGGUCCUCGCGACGCGGCGACGCUCGUCCCUCUUCCGCCCGAAGGUCCGGCCGUCGUAA